CUUUUAUCUCAAAACUCAAGAGGUUUCCAAAACCUUAUUUCAGAAGAAGUUGCCGUUCUGAGAGAAUCUCUGACUCUCUCCUUCCUUGGCGUCGCACUCAACAGUCACCACUGAGCUCAGGCGCUCACUUCUCAGACCUCUCUUUCUCUCUCUCGACGAUCCAUUGACUCCAGCUCUCUCUCUCUCCUCGGAAUAUCAGUAUACCGAACUGUAGGAGGCCAAUCAGAGGCUCACCAAUCUUUGUCUCCAAACCCUCCUAAACUCCAGGACCAAGAUGAGGCCUUUGGAUGAAGCUGAAACCACUGCAGUGUUUGAAAAGCUGUUCAAGUUCACUGGCAACAACCUCAAAAACAUUGUCGAGAACCCUUCUCAUGAAGGUCCAGACCCAAAUCCAGGUCGCUACUGCUUUCGUCUCAACAAGAACAAGGUCUACUACGUCAGUGACUCACUAGUAAAGCGUGCAACAAACAUAGCUCGGGCCAAUUUAGUCUCUCUUGGAACUUGCAUUGGUAAGUUCACUCACGGUGGCAGCUUCCACCUAACUGUUCAAUGUUUGAGUUUAGUGGCCUCAAAUGCUAAACACAAGGUCUGGCUCAAACCUACCUCCGAGAUGUCGUAUCUAUAUGGAAACCAUGUUUUGAAAGGUGGGUUGGGUAGGAUUACAGAGAAUAUUAUGCCCGGUGAUGGGGUGGUUGUGUUUUCAAUGUCAGAUAUUCCAUUGGGUUUUGGGAUUGCGGCCAAGUCUACCCAGGAUUGUAGGAAGUUGGACCCCAAUGGAAUUGUGGUACUUCACCAGGCUGAUAUUGGAGAGUACUUGAGGAUGGAGGAUGAGCUUUGAUUAAUUAGGCAGUUUUUUACUGCUUUUGGUAGAUGUGUUGCAUUGUAUGCAUAUCUGCAGCUUAUGUAAGAGGGUCUAUCAGAUUUUGAUGGAUAUAACAGCUUUUUGGGAAAUUGAUGAUUUUCUUGAGUUUUGUUUCUGUUAGGGAUUAUGAGUAGCUACAACAGGAACUCCGUUCGGUCUAGAUCUCGAGUAAUUUCCUUUCAAGUUUAGCCAGUAAUUAUAGUUCUGGUUUUGUAUUAAGAAUGCAUUAUAAUUUUCAUUGCGGCUCAGCAUCCUUUUUAUUUUA